AUGUCUGUUCCAUUGACUUUAAGUACACCUAUUUUAUAUAUUGUUUCAAACUUAGGUUCAAAGUGCUAUUCGAAUGUUGACAGAAACUACUAUGACCAAAAGAUACUUAUGCGUAUAAACAACACUUUCUCUGCUGGUUUGCCUAUUGUUCAUUCGAAUGCAGAGUUUUCAGCUUUAGUAAACUCAAACACUUUAGCAAACAUAAACUUAACCUUAGUCGACGCAAACUUUGUUCCUGUAAAACUUUUAUGUCCUAUGUAUUUGUCAAUGACGGCAGAAAGUUUCGAAUUGGAAGAUGCAACUGGUGAAAGUAUUGUAUUACAAGAACAACUUCAACAACAAAUAGCUCAAGAACAACAAAUGCAACAAAUGCAACAACAAAGUCAAGAAUAA